AAUGUCAUGUUACGUGGCCCGGGUCGAAAAUUGAAGCAUACGCACGCUCAAACGUAAAAGACCAAAAUAAAACAAAAAUUGUAUGUGAUUAUUCACAUUUAUUAAAAUGAAGUACUUAAGAAUAUCACAAUGGCUGGUAGUAACUUUGUUAAACCUAGUUAGCAAUGCGUACAGCUACACAGUCACAGUUGAUGCACAUGCCGAAGAGUGCUUUUACGAAAAUGUAGAAGCCGAUACCAAAUUGGGAUUAUCGUUUGAAAUAGCAGAAGGUGGUUUCUUAGAUAUUGAUGUAAUAAUACUAGGCCCUGAUGGCAACGUCAUUCAUAAAGCAGAGAGGGAGUCAUCUGGUAUUUAUACAUUUUCUGCUCCAACUGCAGGGAAGUAUACUUAUUGCUUCAGUAAUAAAAUGUCAUCCAUGACACCCAAGGUGGUAAUGUUCAAUCUUGAAAUCGGAGAACCACAAACUAAAUCUGGUAAUGAAAAUGAAGCUGACCAUAAUAAACUUGAGGACAUGAUCAAAGAACUUGCUACUACAUUAAGAACUAUCAAACACGAUCAAGAGUAUAUGCAGGUGCGUGAUCGUAUCCAUCGUUCAAUAAAUGAAAGUACAAAUUCACGUGUGGUGAUGUGGUCUAUAUUUGAGGCUUCAGUACUGCUUGUCAUGACUAUCGGACAAGUCUACUAUCUCAAGAGGUUUUUUGAAGUGCAGCGUGUUGUGUAAUGUUAAUAGACUUAUUUUACAUUACACGUGUUGGUGUGUGAAGUGUUGUAUGACAUUUAAAUUAUUUGUUUAUCCAAUGAGAUGAAAUAAGUUUUUGUAAUAUUAAUAAAUUUAAAAUCUCC